GGCGGGUUAAGAGAGCUCGGCAGCGGGACCAAGAGUGCCUGGGAAGCGUCCAUGGCGUGGCAGGGGCUGGCGACCGAGUUCCUGCAGGUGCCGGCGGUGACGCGGACCUACACCGCGGCCUGCAUCCUCACCACUGCCGCCGUGCAGCUGGAACUCCUCAGUCCCUUCCAGCUCUACUUCAACCCGCACCUCGUGUUCCGGAAGUUCCAGGUCUGGAGGCUCAUCACCAACUUCCUCUUCUUCGGGCCCCUGGGAUUCAGCUUCUUCUUCAACAUGCUCUUCGUGUUCCGCUACUGCCGCAUGCUGGAGGAGGGUUCCUUCCGCGGCCGCACGGCCGACUUCGUCUUCAUGUUUCUCUUCGGGGGCCUCCUGAUGACUCUGCUGGGGCUCCUGGGUAGCCUCUUCUUCCUGGGCCAGGCCCUCACGGCCAUGCUGGUGUACGUGUGGAGCCGCCGCAGCCCUGGGGUGAGGGUCAACUUCUUCGGCCUCCUCACUUUCCAGGCGCCCUUCCUGCCCUGGGCGCUCAUGGGCUUCUCAAUGCUGCUGGGCAAUUCCAUCCUGGUGGACUUACUGGGGAUCGCAGUGGGCCACGUUUACUACUUCCUGGAGGACGUCUUCCCCAACCAGCCUGGAGGCAAGAGGCUGCUGCUGACCCCCAGCUUCCUGAAGCUGCUACUGGAUGCCCCAGAGGAGGACCCCAAUUACCGGCCCCUCCCCGAGGAGCAGCCAGGACCCCUGCAGCAGUGAGGAUGACCUCACCCAGGGCCGGGUCCACCCCCACCCCAACCCUGGCCUGCAACUCAGCUCCCUGUCCUGGAGGCUGGGCCCGGGCCUAGGGCUCCUGCCCUGAAUAAACAAGUGACCUGCAGCCUGUUGCCCACAGCACUGGCUCUCCUGCUGCGGCCAGCCUCUCCAUGCGGGGCAGGUGCUGCUGGCCGAGAGCCAGGGCCAAGCCUGACCUGCUCUCCGACCCAGCACAGGUGGCACGGCCGGAGGCCCAGAGAGGGUCCAGAACCUGCCCAGUGACCAGCACAGCUCUGAGCUCAGAGGGCAGCCCUGCCCUCUGUGAGGUUCUCAUCCUCACACUGUCUGCCUUAAUUCAGCUUCCAGUGAUGGGGGGGGGGCAGCGGUGUCAAUCUCGGGGGCGGGGCCGGGGCCGGGAUGCUGGGUCGUGGGAGCCCUCCAUUGACACCUCCUUAGGGCCCUCCUGUCCCAAACUAGCAACCCCCAAGGGGACCUCUACCUCAUUUCCCAGCCAGGCCGCUGAAGGAUGGGCCAGGUGCAGAAGAGGGCCAGGCCCUUUCUGUGACCCUGAAGCCUCAAGUGUCACGUUUGCAGAGUCCAGUGGCUGAGGCAGAGGCCUCUGGGGAGCUACGCCCCUGCCAUCUGCAGCGGAGGCCCACGGGAGCCUCACCUGGCCCCUGGCUCAUGGGCAUCAGAGGACCAGUCCACACGGUGGUUUAUUCCUGGGUCCGAAGCAGCACCAGCCACCGCCGGCUGUCACGUUCACACAUGAUAAAAGUACUUGCUAUGGA